AUGCGGUUUGCUGGGAGAGUCUGCCUUGUCGCUCUUCCCAUUGUUGCGAUUGCGCAGAAUACAAGUUUCGUUACCGUUCCAGUUGUUAUCAAUGGCUACACGACCAGCAUCGCUAUACCAGCAUACACGGGACAGUCAGCAAUCGAAGCCACGGUAACUUUAUCCGUGGCCUCCAACCCAGCUGAAAUAUAUGGCACAGCCGCAGCUGGAGCUCCACAGAGCACGGCUACUGCAACGCAGCUCACUGUCGUCCCGGGCUCGCCACAGGGUUCGAGUUCGCCUGAAGCAUUGACAUCGACGCCGCCAGCGGGAACACCAGGGACUCCCGAAUCUCCACCUUCCGUGCUACCUCUGGCCACUAAUGCUCCAGAAGCUUUGACUCAGCCGUACGGAGUGUCCAAUACUCCAGCCGUCGUGACGGAACAGCCCGCAUCCACUGUCGAGGUCUCGCAAACUACCUACACGACUAAUGCUGCCGGUGAAUCCGUGCCCAUCGUCAUUCCCGUUCCAAUUUCGGUUUCACCGACGACAUAUGAGACCACCAUCUCCGGGUCGCCGGUUGUCGUUAUCACCAACGUGCCUGUGACUGGAGUCGCCAGCAGCGUUGCUUCUGGCGUCUCGAGCGCAGCUGCCUCGGCCUCGAGUGCGGUGUCCAGUGCUGCUGCAUCUGCCUCAAACGCAGUAACGAGUGCUUCUAGGGAAGCAUCUAGUGCAGUUGCAUCAGCAUCGAGCGAGGGCUCGAGUAUCACCUCGGCAGUCAGUGCUUCAGUUUCAUCGGCUGCAUCAGCUGCCAGCAGUGCAGGAGCUUCCGUAUCGUCAGAAGCCAGCUCCGCUGCCUCGUCUCUCAAUUCAGCAGCGAGCUCUGCAUCGGCAUCAGCAUCCUCCGCUCUCUCAAGUGCUUCAGCAUCCGCUUCCUCUGCCCUGUCUUCGUUCACCAGCAGCAUCUUCAGCGCCAGCUCGUCCACUGCAAGCCCAACUGCACCUGUGCCAACGGCCCGGAACGCGGCACCAGAUGCAAGGAUACCAGGCGCUUUGAUCUUCCUGAGUUGCGUUUUGACUGUAGCACUUGCUUGGGUGCUGAGCUCAUGA